AUGAUGCCCAUCGCAUCGCUCCUCGACGUCCUACUGCUGUCCUUGGCCGUCCUCGGCCAGGUUCUCGCCGCGCCGGACGGCACCCAGCCUUUGCACUGGGACCUGCCCGCUCCCGGUCAGUUCGUCUCCCUCGAGUACGUCGACGGAAACGCCUUGUUUUGCAGUACACUCCCUGCCGAUAUCGUCGACAACCAGCCCCAGCACAACCUCUUCAACUUCAUCUGUCAGGCCCAUGGCGAAUGCGUCGCAGUCCUGGAUCGAGUCUGCCGAGGAAACUGCAUCUUCCACGGCGUUCGCAGUCAAGUUGUCCAUGGCCGAUCCGCCUACUGCCGCUCUGCCAAGAUGUCUCCCGAGGCCUUUGGCACUACCAAUACCGUCGGAGCCGGUCUGGCCACGCUGUUCAGAGAGGCGUCCAGAACGGGCUCGUUUGGCCUCAAUUUCGAGGUCACGUACAUCGGCGACCGUGGCAAGGAGCUCAAAAGCUCCUACUACCAAGACUUUGGACAGUUCAGUACGGGUCCUCCGUGA